AUGACAACUCUGUCUCUUAUGAUGAGUGACCACAAUGGCCAGCCAUCACUGGACAGUUUUUCAAACAGCGUUGUUAAUGACACGAUUAAUAACGACAUAGGUAUAAGGAGGAUACAUCUAACACUUCAAUUGCUGAAAACCUAUUGUUAUUUUUCUGGUAUUAAACAUCUCUUCAGCCUCAGACUGAUUGCAAUGUUCCUUCUACUUCAUUUCAUCAUCCUGAUCGAUGUCAAAGAUUUUGCACUGACCAAGGGCAGUACAAUCACUUCUCUGUGCCCAAAAGGAUACUUUCCCUGUGGAAAUCUUACCAAGUGCUUACCCCGUGCUUUUCACUGUGAUGGUGUGGACGACUGCGGGAACCAGGCUGACGAGGAUAGCUGUGGAGACACUAGUGGAUGGGCGACCAUAUUUGGCACAGUCCAUGGAAAUGCUAAUUAUGUGGCAUUAACACAGGAGUGCUCUCUAAACCAGUAUCCACAACCCUGUGACUGCAAAGGAACCGAAUUGGAAUGUGUAAAUAUGGGCUUAAAGUCUGUGCCAGUGAUUUCCAGCAAUGUGACAUUACUGUCUCUUAAAGAAAACAAAAUUCACAGUCUUCCAGAUAAAGUUUUCAUCAAAUACACAGCACUUAAACAGAUAUUUCUUCAGCAUAAUUGUAUUACGCACAUAUCACGGAGAGCAUUUUUUGGAUUACAUAAUCUGCAAAUAUUGUAUCUCAGCCACAACUGUAUUACAACUCUCAGACCCGGAGUAUUCAAAGACUUACAUCAGCUAACUUGGCUAAUUCUAGAUGACAAUCCAAUAACCAGAAUUUCCCAGCGGUUGUUUACUGGACUAAAGUCCUUGUUUUUCCUGUCUAUGGUUAAUAACUACUUAGAGGCCCUUCCCAAACAGAUGUGUGCCCAAAUGCCUCAACUCAACUGGAUGGAUUUGGAAGGCAAUGGAAUAAAAUGUCUUACGAAUUCCACCUUUCUGUCAUGCAAUUCACUCACAGUGCUGUUUCUGCCUAGAAAUCAAAUUGAUUUUGUUCCAGAGAAGACAUUUUCUUCAUUAAAAAAUUUAGGAGAACUGGACCUGUCUAGCAAUAUGAUAAUGGAACUACCAGCCCACCUUUUUAAAGACCUAAAGCUUCUACAGAAACUGAAUCUGUCGUCCAAUCCUCUUUUGUAUCUCCACAAGAACCAGUUUGAAAGUCUUAAACAACUUCAGUCUCUAGACCUGGAAAGGAUAGAGAUUCCAAAUAUAAAUACGCGGAUGUUUCAACCCAUGACGAAUCUUUCUCACAUUUAUUUCAAAAACUUUCGAUACUGCUCCUAUGCUCCCCAUGUCCGCAUAUGUAUGCCCUUGACUGACGGCAUUUCUUCAUUUGAGGACCUCUUGGCUAACAAUAUCCUCAGAAUAUUUGUCUGGGUUAUAGCUUUCAUAACCUGCUUUGGAAAUCUUUUUGUCAUUGGCAUGAGAUCUUUCAUUAAAGCUGAAAAUACGACCCACGCUACGUCCAUCAAAAUCCUUUGUUGUGCAGAUUGCCUGAUGGGUGUUUAUUUGUUCUUCAUUGGCUUUUUUGAUAUAAAAUACCGUGGGCAGUAUCAGAAGUAUGCGUUACUGUGGAUGGAGAGUUUACAGUGCCGCCUCAUGGGGUUCCUGGCCAUGCUGUCCACCGAAGUCUCCGUCCUGCUGCUGACGUACUUGACUUUGGAGAAGUUUCUGGUCAUUGUCUUUCCCUUCAGUAAUAUUCGUCCUGGAAAAUGGCAGACCUCGGUCAUCCUCAUUUGCAUCUGGAUUAUGGGAUUUUUAAUAGCUGUGAUUCCGUUUUGGAAUGAGGAUUAUUUUGGAAACUUUUAUGGAAAAAAUGGCGUGUGUUUCCCACUUUAUUAUGACCAAACAGAAGAUAUCGGAAGCAAAGGUUAUUCUCUUGGAAUUUUCCUAGGUGUGAACUUGCUGGCUUUUCUCAUCAUUGUGUUUUCCUAUAUUAUUAUGUUCUGUUCCAUUAAAAAAACUGCCUUGCAGACUUCGGAAGUGAGGAAUCAUGUUGGAAGAGAGGUGGCUGUUGCAAAUCGUUUCUUUUUUAUAGUGUUCUCUGAUGCCAUCUGCUGGAUUCCUGUAUUUGUAAUUAAAAUUCUCUCCCUCUUCCGGGUGGAAAUACCAGGCACAAUCACCUCCUGGAUAGUCAUUUUCUUCCUUCCAGUAAACAGUGCCUUGAACCCCAUCCUCUACACUCUCACAACCAGCUUUUUCAAAGACAAGCUGAAACAGCUGCUGCACAAACAUCGGAGGAAAUCCGUUUUCAAAACGAAGAAAGAAAGUCUCUCGACAUCCAUUGUGUGGACGGAUGACUCCUCCGCACUUAAACUUGGGGUUUUGAACAAGAUAACCCUCGGGGACGGUAUAGUGAAGCCAAUUUCCUAGCAAUGGUUUUGGAACCCCGGACUUCCAGGGGACUACCUGUAAGAAAAGGACAGCGUUUGGAACAUGCUACCUGCAGUGCUUUUCCUCUCUCCCAACAGCAAACCCUUCUGCACAGAGAGCACAGCAGAGUGACUUCUGGCACUGCGUUCCGAUGGCAGCUGUACUACUUAUCAGCCGUGCGAAGAACUGUACCUAUGGGUUCUGCUCGCUCUCGGCAUUUCGGAAAUGCACUAGCGAAACCACACAUAGUAGGCCGAUGGGCCGUUGAUCCGCAGCUGGUCGACACUACCCCCCUGCAAGUGAAGGCCCCGCACGUUGGCACUGCAUGUCCGCUUCUGAGUUGAAUUGCACCGUCCGUAAAAUAAAAACAUUCAUGACACCUCAUUCCACGGUGGCCAUCGUCACGUAAACCCCACAUCUCUCUCUUUGCUUUUUCCACGUCAAAGGAAAUCAUCGGCAUCCUACUGAACUGAGGGCAAAGGAUUUCUGAGAUGUUCGCCCGCCUCCAGCCUCGCCCUCUACGCCGGUGGCGUAGAAACUUUGAAAGCACAUCUUUACAGGAGGCUGUUGCAUCCAACAAAACGGCAGAGAGACAGAGACUAAGCCUAGUACCAUUCACCCUCUUGGCUGUUAUUUAGUGUCAGCAGAGUUGAGAUCGCAAACAAGAUUAUUUUUCUCGAGAUUGCCCAGGCCACGAAGAAAAAUUGGACACCCCAACGGCCAAAACUACAUUUUAAUCUGUUUCAAGGGUAAUUUCUUUAAAGUAGCAUCCCUACGGCUAGGAAGUUCUGUCUUCAUAAAACACACGGAUGAGACGUGUUAAAGGGGUUUAAGAAUAGUGGUUUGAUUGGGUCCGUUUGCUUACUCAGAGAAAUUUCAUUCAAAAAGGCCAGUAAGUUUGGACUUGAGUUUUGAAAAUGUAAACUUACUUGUGAAGGCCUGGAUGUGUCGUUACCAUGAAAGCUCAUAUGUGAAAAAUAAUCAGGUAAAUAAAAUUAUAUUUUGCAUUUGUCCAUAUCUUAUUUUAUGUUUGAGAAAGACUACAGAGGCUGUUUAUUGACUAUUACCAUGUUUCUCCUGAGAGAGAGUAUAGCCGGGAAACACAGCACCUCAGUCAACAAGCACAUCUUAUAUUUUUCUCUUACCCCUUUUUCCAAAG